AUGGAUCAUCAGAAACUGGUGCCUCACCAAGAUCAGGGGGGUCAACAACUCCUGGAGGUUCAGCAACAACAGGCAAUUCAACAACUCCUGGAGGUUCAGCAACAACAGGCAAUUCAACAAUUCCUGGAAGUUCAGCAACAACAGGCAAUUCAACAACUCCUGGAGGUUCAGCAACAACAGUGCGACCUGAUCUUCCGAGAGAGAUUCCAGCCAAUUUUCAUCCGCACCUUUGUCAUCGAGUUUCGGCCAAUAACGGGAGGUGUGCAGGUAGAGGUGGGGCUCCUGUUCAGCGGCACAGUCCCACCUGCUGAAUUAGUUGGUGAGACUUUAAUAAUUGCAGUGAAUGACCCCAAAAACAUCUACAGCUGUUUUCUGGAUGAGAACUCCAUCGCAGUUAUUUCUCCAGUAGUACCAACAACAACUACCGGGCCAAUGACAACUGGCUUUACUCUAGCUUCCUCACAAGUUGUGGUUCUCACAGCAACCUUGGAAAAGCCAUUUGUAAAAGAACUCAAAAACCGCACCAGUGAACAGUACAGAGAACUUGAAAGACAAGUGGUAACAACGUGCGACCUAAUCUUCAGAGAAAGAUUCUGGCUCAUUUUCAUCCGCACCUUUGUCAUCGAGUUUCGGCCAAUAAAGGGAAAAGUGGAGAUAGAGGUGGGGCUCGAGUUCAACACAACGACUGAUCAAAACCCCAGCAGCCGAUGUGGUUGUCGAUACCAUAACGGAAGCCUUGAAUAACACCAACAACACCUUCAACCUGACUCUUGAUCCAAAAUCCAUCACAGUUAUUCGUGAGUCAACAUUGAAUACAUGAACCUAUAUUACCC